ACCAGGCUGCGCAUCCGUACGUAUCCUACACCACAAACCCCUUUGACGCCCAAACCUGUACGGUACAUCAAACCGAUCUUGCUCUUCACUUUUACACUCUACCUUCUUUCAAACCGACAGAUCGGUCUCAACAUCCCCAGCAUGUUUCUAAAAAUCUAAGCACCAACUGCGAUAACUGGUUGCGAUAGGAGGUGGAAGUUCAAAGUUGGCGGGGAAGGCUCCCAUCCGAUAUCCCAUAUUAAAGACAUUUGCAUUGAGAACCCUUUCUCAAGAUGUUUUCAACCUUCAAUGGCACCUCUCGCCGGCCCCGCCAGGUCAAUCUUUCCGGCCAAAAUACAAAUCCAUUUGCAGCAAUGUCGGGUACUCAAAGUACCGUGGCGAACGCUCAACAGGAGAGGCUGCUGCGUCAACAAGAACGCGAUCGAUUAAACGCCUCGAAGCGGAUACAGAGAACAUGGCGAGGCCAUCGGGUACGGACUCAGUUGGCAGAUUCGAGAAGGAGAAUAUGGGAUCAGAGAAAGCAGAAUCUACAAAGCCCCUCAGACUCUGGCGCUCUCUUAGUGGAACAAGCGAAGCUUGUGGUCGCAUUUUUCAAUCCUCGGAGGCCGGACGACAUCGAAAGAAUGGUAAUUUUGGGCCAAAUGAUAUACUCUACUGGUUAUGAGGCUUUCUUGAAUUUCCAAGGAGUGAACCCCAUACUCAAGAAAUUGGCAUGUGUUACUCUCCACGCUCUUCAAAGGUAGGUGACAUCUCGAACGACCAAAGAGAGUAUACUAACAGUUUGAAUAGCUUACUACCACAAUACCACACCACUUUAUUAAAAUUUCUAGUCACCAUAAUUGACCGAGCUCCCCAGUGUUUCCCGCCUAUAAGCAAGUCCUACUACACCUAUCUUUCCGAGCUUUGCCUCAAAUCGACGGCAAUUAGGAAGGACAAGGAACUGAUGCUGGCCUCCAUAAGAGCCCCAUUAGUACAGCAUGUAGAUUCAGAUCGAGGUAAGAUUCCACCCUUCUCUGUGAUCUUAUUCACAUCUGCUUGUUGCUAUGCCGUACUAACUUUGAUUUCAGCCGAGGAAGUGCUUGCCGCGCAUUCAGCCUUUGCUUUGAAUUUUUUGACUACCCCAAAUCUCGCAACAAUACUGGGCGAUUUAGGCAGACUCACGUCUGUGACAGACGUUGGUGUGGUGUCUGAAGCUCUAGUGCGAGAGUUUGCCAAUUCCUCAUUUGAAAUUCAGCCCGAGGCUAGACUCUGGCUUCUCGCUCAUCUCAUAUGUCUGCAUAGGUUGCAACAGCGAGAUGGCCAAGAACCAAACUUCCUAAGGUCUUUGUCAAUUCAAUUAUCAUCUUCAGCAAGCGAUAUUAUAGGUCGGCUUGAUGGUGCGGACACAGAGAUAAUGCAGGAAUCCAGCUCCGAGGAUGCUGACCGGGAAGUGAUUCCACCUCUACCGGACUUCAUAAGAGAUGAACUUUUAUCAUUGGUCAAUCAAACCAGUAUCACUGGAUUGCUAGCUAAAUUCAAUGUCGACUAUGUGAAGGCUUCUGCAGCGAGUGAGGAAGAUGCAAGUGUCCUUGCCAGUUUUGCACUCACUCUUCUGAGGAUAUUCCCACGUCGCGGUGAUGAAAUACGAAUGUGGUUAUAUCUCGGCUCUAUCUCAACCUCGUCAGGUAAUGAAUUGCCUGCUUUGAAGUUCUUUUGGCAGGCUAUGAGCAAAACAAAUACUUUUGCUACAAUAAAAGCGGACUCACAGGCUGCUUUAUCGAUCCUUCGCCCUCAGAUGAAGCCAUCUUCGAAUUCUUCGACGCCCCUUGAUGCGAUCGCCGAUCGAGAAUGGCGCACGAUCCUAUUAUUUCUUGAGCUCUACACAUUUGUCCUUAGAUUUACCGAUGACGAAGAAUUCUUGACCGGAAGCGAAUCGGACCUUCGGCAGGCAGAUUCCCAUACCUCUCGGAUGCGUGCCAGUGCUCUCCCCCUUGAGGAUGUCAUGCGUCUCACCAUUUUCCUGAAAAAUUUGGCAUUUACAACAUGUUAUAACGCAGGAGAGUUAUCCAACGCUGUCCAGCAGGGGUUUGAAGGUGGGAUUGGAGCAUACUUUGGUACUUCAAGUACAAGUUAUUUUCAUGAUAAGGGAACAGAAGAAGUCACCAAACGUAUUGAAAAUCGGCCAUUCGCUGGCAUCGCUGGUAUGACUUUUGAUUAUGUGAGAACAAUUGUGACUGGCGUGAUGCGCAUGCUUUACGAACGAGACUCGAGACGGCGCUUUCUACCAAAAGGGCACUGGCUCAUGACAUCGCGGUUUGACAUGCAAGGCUUUAUUACGUCUGUUGUUUUGGAAGAAGAAAGACAACAUGAGGUCGGCGAAGAUGGUGAAGAAGAUGAUGAUGAUAGUGGAUUCAGACCGUCGCAGGAGGGUAGGAGUGAAAUGGGUCUUGUUAGCAUGGGAAGACCACGUCAAGUGAUGGCAAUCGAAAUUCGGAAAGACCAACAACGAAAGGCUCUCCAAAAGAAGGCACUUGCAGCUAUCGGUCCUAGACUAAUGGUCCUAAAGAAUAUGCCUUUCGUCAUUCCUUUCGAAACCCGUGUUCAGAUAUUCCGCGAGUUUGUUCUCCUCGAUAAGACACGGAGAAGAAAUGGUACCGUUGAUCCCGAUAUAUGGCGUAUGUCUAUGCUUCAGCAAUCCCAUAUGGCCUCCAGACCUGCGAGAGCUUUUCCAAACGAGUUGGGAAGACACCAUGCCAAGAUCCGCAGAGACGAUGUAUUUGAGGAUGCAUACGCGCAAUUUUAUGAGCUUGGCGAGGGUCUGAAGGAGCCUAUACAAAUUACCUUUGUGGACCAAUUUGAUACCGUUGAGGCGGGAAUCGACGGAGGUGGAGUGACCAAAGAGUUCUUGACCAGCGUCACAAACGAGGCUUUUCGAGGAGAGGGAGGGCCAAAGUGGUUUAUCUCGAAUGACCAAAAUCUCCUAUACCCGAACCCUUCGGCGGUUGAUGAACGUCGUGAAUGGCUGAGAAAAAUAGGGCUCACUGAAGGCUCACUUGAAUGGCGGGAAAAUAUAACAGAGGUGCUGAGACGUUACGAAUUUCUCGGCCGAGUCGUUGGGAAAUGCCUUUAUGAAGGUAUCCUCAUCGACAUUGGAUUUGCCGGAUUUUUUCUGCUGAAAUGGGCUGCCGCUGGUUCAGAGUCAAAUUAUCGCGCCAACAUUAAUGACCUGCGCGAUCUUGAUGAAAGCUUGUAUCAAGGCCUCCUAAAGCUGAAGAACUAUCCAGGCAAUGUUGAAGAUUUUUCUCUCGAUUUCACAAUUACAGACACCAUAUCUCCACCAGGAGAGCCCACAGAAACCAUUACAAGAGAUUUAAUGCGUGAUGGUUCCAACGCUCCUGUCACCAAUGAAAACAAGACACUUUAUAUUUCAUGCGUUGCUCGUCAUCGUCUUCAAAACCAACCCUACCAACAAACGCAAGCUUUUCUGAAAGGUCUCGGUGAAAUUAUCAAACCAUAUUGGCUUUCCAUGUUCAACCAAUCCGAACUACAAACCCUUGUCGGUGGUGACUCGUCCGAAAUCGAUGUCGAAGACUUGCGCGCGAAUACACAUUAUGGAGGGGUUUACCAGAUUGGAGAUGAUGGCCUUGAGCACACUACCGUUGCAAUGUUCUGGCAGGUUAUGAAGAAUUUCGACGACGGGGACCGACGUAAGGUGCUAAAGUACGUUACUUCGACGCCGAGAGCUCCCCUAUUGGGAUUCUCCCAAAUGAAUCCGAAAUUUAGUAUACGGGAUGCUGGGACCGACGAGACGAGGUUGCCUAGUACCAGUACGUGCGUAAACUUGCUAAAGCUGCCGAUGUAUACCACGAUUGGCGUUCUGAAGCAGAAGUUGCUCUAUGCCGUUAAUUCUGGGGCUGGCUUCGAUCUUAGUUAGGACUGAUGAUACAUUAUGGGCGACAAGUUGGAUUGAGUGCAGCGGUCAGAAAUCAUGGAGGGUAAUUGCGGUGCAUUUGGUUUCUAUUAUGAAGAGGAUCAACAGGAGUUUUGAAGUGCGUACUUGAGGCGGAUCUUGUCAAAUGGCAUGAUAACACUUCCACAAUCACAUCAUAGAGGAGAGAUAUGGGUCCGUGUAGAUUAAUAUGAUGCAUGAUGAAUAAUGACCUGGAGUUGAGUUGCGUUGCUAAAAGAAUACUAGAACUUUAAAUGACUUAAAUA